CCCCCUCGUCCGGUCUGCAGCCAUGGCCACCUCGGCGAGCUCCCACCUGAGCAAAGCCAUCAAGCACAUGUACAUGAAGCUGCCGCAGGGGGAGAAGGUCCAAGCCAUGUACAUCUGGAUCGAUGGGACGGGAGAGCACCUCCGUUGCAAAACCCGCACGCUGGACCAUGAGCCCAAGAGCCUGGAAGAUCUCCCUGAGUGGAAUUUUGACGGCUCCAGCACCUUCCAGGCCGAAGGCUCCAACAGCGACAUGUACCUGCGACCUGCUGCCAUGUUUCGGGACCCUUUUCGCAAGGAUCCCAAUAAACUAGUUCUCUGCGAGGUCUUCAAAUACAACCGCCAGUCUGCAGAGACAAAUCUCCGACACACCUGCAGGCGGAUUAUGGAUAUGGUGUCCAACCAGCACCCUUGGUUUGGGAUGGAGCAAGAGUACACUCUUCUGGGGACGGACGGACAUCCAUUUGGCUGGCCUUCCAACGGCUUCCCUGGACCCCAAGGUCCGUACUACUGCGGCGUAGGGGCAGACAAAGCCUAUGGCAGAGACAUUGUGGAGGCCCAUUACCGAGCGUGCCUUUAUGCUGGUGUGAAAAUUGGAGGAACCAAUGCAGAAGUGAUGCCAGCCCAGUGGGAGUUCCAGGUGGGACCAUGCGAAGGGAUUGAGAUGGGCGAUCACCUCUGGAUUGCACGCUUCAUCCUCCAUCGGGUGUGUGAAGACUUCGGUGUCAUUGUGUCCUUUGAUCCCAAACCCAUCCCUGGGAACUGGAACGGUGCUGGCUGUCACACCAACUUCAGUACCAAGAACAUGAGGGAAGAUGGAGGUCUCAAGCACAUUGAAGAGGCCAUCGAGAAGCUGAGCAAGCGUCACCAGUACCACAUCCGUGCCUACGACCCCAAAGGGGGGCUGGACAAUGCCAGGCGCCUGACGGGUUUCCACGAGACAUCCAACAUCCACGAGUUCUCCGCUGGCGUGGCCAACCGCGGCGCCAGCAUCCGCAUCCCCAGGAACGUGGGCCAUGAGAAGAAGGGCUACUUCGAGGACCGCCGGCCCUCCGCCAACUGUGAUCCUUAUGCUGUGACAGAGGCCCUCGUCCGCACGUGUCUCCUCAACGAAACUGGAGACGAGCCUUUUGAGUACAAGAACUAAGCAGACUGCGCCCACAAACACCGCCUUCCCCCCGCACUUCCCGCACCCCUAAACUUCCCUUCUAGAUGUAAUCCCAAGGGUACAAGAUAACACAUUUUGUGUCUCAGUAA